GGUGGAGCUCGCGUUGGGGGGCUGAUACUUUUUUGUUGUGCGUCUCCCAUCCGUUUGUGUCCGCGAUAUUUGCCGGCAAUAAUACCUGGACCGCCCGAGAGAUCGUUCACACGCGCGUGCAUCCGAACCAUCCAUCCGUUAGCUACCGUUCCCCAACCGUCGCCAUGGCCCACAUUGACCCAACCGCGCACCGGCGUUACAAGGAGAAAAAACAGUUAAAAAGUCCCACAUCCGGUCCCGAAUCGCCGGUUAGCGCGCCGGGGGAACCAACGGUGCAAGAGCAUUGCGCUGCCGUAUCGGACGCAUCGAACGACUGCAGUUCGAUCGAGCUGGAAACGGAGGAUAAGCUGGAGUACCGUUUCGUACCGGCCGGCACUUCCUGCGUCAACUUUAAGGUUCGCGCCCCGAACGAUGCCCACAUUGCGCUCACCAGCGGUCCCGAGGAGUCGGACCCCAUGCUGGAGGUGUUUAUUGGUGGCUGGAAGAACACGAAAUCGGUCAUCCGCAAGAACCGCACCAAACCGGAUGUGGCCGAGGUUGAGACGCCCGAUAUCCUGAAUGCGGGCGAGUUCCGUGGCUUCUGGAUCCGGUGGCUCGAUAAUGUUAUUACCGUUGGGCAUGAGGGUGCGGCUGCCGCGUUCCUGUCGUACGAGAACCCGGAACCGUUCCCCAUCAAGUGUGUCGGUGUGUGUACGGGUUGGGGUGCGGCCGGUUCGUGGUUGAUUGAACCGGCAAAGGAGGAAGCUGCGCCAACGGCCUCCGCUCUGACCGGCACUGUGGCCUGCUGGAUUCCGGUCUCAAAUGGCGAGAUUCCACCGAAUGCCGUCGUUGGUGGUUCGGAUGGGGAGGAUCUGUACAUUGGCCGUGCCCAGCAUGAGGGUGCGCUCAUCCCCGGCAAGGUGGUCCGCUCGCACGGUGUCUGCUAUGUGGCGUGGGGUGGUGUCGAGAACCCCAAGGCCGAGUACGAGGUGUUGUGCGAUUUUGGCGGAGUGUUUGUGCCGGGCACUGGCAGUGAGAUUCCGGCCACUGCCGUACCGGCCGGUGAAACGGAGGAAGGUGAACCGCUGUUCAUUGGGCGCGUUAACCACGAGGGCACGGUUACGGUGGGCAAGGUGCAACCGUCGCACGGUGUCUGCUACAUCCCGUACGGUGGCCAGGAGCUCUCAUUCGCUGAGUACGAAAUCUUUGUUAGUCCCUAGAUUGCAAUCGUCGCGAGCGAGUGACCUCUAAUUACACAGCUUAUAAUUAUGUAAAACACACAUGCUGAGAAUCUCUGCACCACGCGGCCGCAGUCGCCGCCGAACGCAUGGCCUUACGCACAGCUACACUACGGGCGCUUAUCCGGCGCCUAUUAACAUUAAACUAUAUUUAUCCACCAAAAUGAACCGAGAGACUUAAAGUCUCGAGUUUGAGGCGCUAAAUACAUUGAAAAAAAUGCCGAUAAAAAGCGUGAUUUUAUUUUUCCAACC